AGUUUGUCAACCUGUUCCACAACGGGCCGGUACAGUACACAAUGUCUGAAUCGAGGUGACUGUGAUGUAUCUUACGAAAACGUUUUUUUGGCAGUUUGUGAUGGGUGGCACGUCGGACUUCUCGUUGCCAUCCGAAGUCCGACCCAUCGUGUCCUUAUGCCUGCCAGUUCGAACGGAGAAGCUGUUCUGUACGUGCUGGGAUUGCUAGGAUCGUGGUUCUACGUAUCUCGAGAUCAUCCCUCAAAACAUGUCGCUCAUCGCCUGCUGCUCUUGGCAGUGUCGUUGCAUUCGAUUCACAUCCUUUGUCAGAUUCUGCUACAUCGCCCACCUAACUUGUUUAGACGCUUGAACGUACCGCUCAAUGUCCCCGUGGAUCAAUUAAGACUGCUGCUGUCGAUGGAAGCCGGUAUUGACUGGCAGCGCCAGAGUGCAGCCACCAUACCAAAGGACGUCGAGUUGUUGCUCAAUCGUCUUGCUGUUCAUGGCAGCAGGAGCUUGUUCACAAGAUUCGGUCAACUUCCCAUGCAGUUGUGUCAAUUCUGUUCCUCCGUGGGGGACUAUGUGCUAUUCGAUUUGUCCUUCAUACUUGUCCAGUAUCUGCAGACUGCCACUCUGUCGCUACUGCUUACCACUGCUACGAACAGCCGUGAACACUUACGAAGCACCGCGCUUGGUAUAUUAAUCUGUGCUUUUCUAGCAGAAGGAUACGCCAUGACCUAUGCCAGUGACGUGCCGUUGUCCAACGAUGCCCAAUAUGCCUUCAUGUGGCAUGAAAACCUUUUCCUCAUACGGCACAUACUGUUCCUUGCUCUUCCUCUGCUCGUGCUAGUCUUACCACCGGUCCAUGGGGUCGAUCCCCCUUCAACAUAUUUUGCGCCCGCAUUAGCACACCUAGAACGCGCGCUCCCCAGAGCCCAUCUCCUUAGGUACACCCAAGAGGCUGUCUUGCAUCAUCCUCGGCUCCGCAAUCUUGCUCUCCGUUGGUGGUCACAACAGGCGGUGGAGGGCGCAGCCGCGAUGGCAGAUGAGACCGUGCAGAGGACUGCCGACAAACUUGGAUUUGGAUACACAAGACAGGAGUCACCAGAGGGAGGUGACGGGAAACUGAGAGUUCAUGCAAAGAAAGUCGUAGAGUCGUUGAAGGGUUUGCUUACGACUCCGCCGAACUAGGUGAUCGAGUUGUUACCUGUUACAGGUUGUGAGCACUGGAUUGUCCAUGUCAACCGACUGAGUAAUGUAUGUCGCAUCUAUUUCAUUACCGAACGGUUUGGCUCUGGUGGGAUGUGUGUACAUACAAAACCAAGUGUAUCUGCGC